UCAUCGGUGUCCGUUCAUUGGCGCCACUCUCUAUCACGAGAAGGAAGAGCACCGAUCUCUAUCGCGAGAAGGAAGAGCACCGACUCGCGAGCAAUCACGCAGCGUGCAGAACCAACUAACCAACCAACGAUGCUCCUCACUGCACCCGGUCACAAGCCCACCUUUCUCUUCUCCAGAGGCUCUUCUUCGAACUCAGUGACCCGAACUCGGCCUUGUCGACUCUGCAAAGCGACUCUUAUCACCAACUCUGAGUCGUUCGAGGUUGGGAGGCUUGUUGGUAGCUAUGGGUUCAUGAACAUCACCAGCUAUUCAGGGUUCCAAUCGGGGACUGAUAUUGAAUAUUCAUCUGGAGAUUUGGGGCGACUGAGAGUGCAAGAUGUGGGAGAAGGCAGUGUAAAGAUCAGGCUUUACGAAGGGAGAGUUUCCCAGGGUCCACUUAGAGGGACUUCGAUUCUUUUUAAGGUUUAUCCUGGACAACGAGCUAGUGGUUUGGAAGCUGAUAUGAUGGCCGCAAACGAGUUGAAUGCUCAUUCUUUCCUUCAAAGCAGUUCAGAAGGUAUCUGUCAGAAUCUCCUGAUCCUUGUAGGUGGUUUUGAAACAAAAACUGGGGAGCAGUGGCUUGCUUUCCGGAAUGAUGGGAAAUAUAGUGCUGCGGACUAUGCUAAAGUUACAAGUGAAAAAGUAUCAAAAAACCGUGCACUUGGAGAACAGAUUUCUUGGAAUCAAUUUGAACAAGAGCAGAAAAUCAAACGCAGAGGAUAUUUUGUCAUUAACCUUCUUCGGGGUGCCUUGAGAGGUCUAGCUUUCAUGCAUGACCAUGAUAGAUUACACCAGAGUCUUGGACCAUCUUCUAUUCUUCUUAAUACUAUUAUAGAAAGAGAUGCUGCUUACUUAGUCCCACGAAUUCGAGAUCUAGCCUUCUCUGUUGACAUUAGCUAUCCAUAUCUGGAAGAGAGUCCUGGAACACUCUCAGAGGGACUUUGGAGACGAGCAUCUGCAGCUGGUGCGUACACACUAAUGGAGAAAAGAGCUUUUGGAAUAGCAGAUGAUAUAUAUGAAGCAGGUCUUCUUUUUGCAUACUUGGCUUUUAUUCCAUUUUGUGAAGCGGGCAUAAUGGAUAGCAUUUCCUUGCAAAGGCUGCUGGAGAGCACUUUCCAGCUUGAUCUUCAAGCCACAAGAGAGUAUUGUUUAGCAGAUGACCGAUUACUAGAUGCUGUCAAAUUCCUGGAUCUUGGUGAUGGUGCUGGUUGGGAGUUGCUCCAGGCAAUGCUGAAUCCCGACUUCCGAAAACGGCCUAUCGCAGAGGCUAUACUCAAUCAUCGGUUCAUGACUGGUGCGGUUCUUUGAGUUCUAGAUACUAAGCAUAUGGCGUCUCACCUGAACUCGGCAAUAGCUGCGACAAACUGUCAUAGGGACAAUUGGAAUAAGAAAGUAUGCAGAGAAGUUGCUAAAAACAUAAGGCAGUAAAUUUUGAGAUUUUAAGACGCAGGAGUUUGGUACAUCAAAAAUAUAAACUUCACUAUGCUAUACAUGUAACAAGUAUAUACAAGAAUUGAGCAUCUCCUUUGUCUGAACAUCAAAUUCUGCUCUUUGUUCAUUUAUCAUCUUCAUGAUACUAACAAUGAUGUUGUCUCGAUUAUCCAAAUAGAUUCACCAUGUUGGGUCAUAGGAAACUCAUUUCGUGAUGGCUGA